AUCCAUCGCAAAUCUUUCUCGACAAGACUGCGUCAGCAUACUGAAUCAUACCAUCUGGCCGACAUAGGUCCUUACAAUAUUUCUCUUGUUUCUAAUAGUCACCGGCUGGGCCUCUCCAGCCUCCUUCCCAUCUGUCACCCGCUUGCCUCCCGCUCCUUACCUUACGAGGAGCCCGUGCUCCCGUCGUCCGCUCGUGGGGUUAAUCGAUCGACUCGACUCGACUCGGCGCUUUAGAUUCUCGAUCCGCAAGGCAUGAGUGGCAGUUCGAAUCAGUCUACCCGUACGAGUCCAGGCUCCUACAGCACUACUCAGCGCACGCCCUCGGUCUCCUCGGGCGCGUCGCCUACACACCAGCCGCUCUCGUCCUCCCAGGUGCCCUCGACGGCUCAGAAUGCGAUGUCGACCGACGUGUACAAUACGCCCGCAUCGCAGGCCCCAACUUCGUUAGGUCCUUCAUUUACCUACCCAUUCUCCCCGAUCGGCCCUUCUCCAUCUUUCGAUAGCGUUUCAUCGACUGCCAUGCGUCUAGGCGACUCGGAUCGGUCGGCGCAGGGCCUCAACGGCUUCAUCCGACCAGCCAAUGGGACUAGUGGCGGUGCGAUCCUAAUGCGCAAACUGCCACGAAAUACAAGUCGCGACGCUCUGCGUAGCAUGCUGCUUUUUGCCAAGGAUUUUGUGGACGCCGAUUUUGUACCUUCCGACGCUCCGGAAGACAAUGGAUACCUGUGUGCGGUCGCGCGCUUCAGCACGCUAGCUGCAGCGGAAGAAGCGCGAGCUUUACUGGACGGCAAGCCGAAUUCCAAAAACGACGCCACAAUGGUUGUGGAAAUGUUCUACGGCUCGGUUGGCUCCUCUCUGGCCCCCAGGCGAAACACGAUUGACCACACCGCAACGCGGGGCUUACUGGGUCAUGUCAAUGGCGGCUUGCCGCGGCAGUCGUCGCGCUUCAACGGGACUUUCCAGACCCUGGAGAUGUUGAGCGCGACCACCGGAUCUUCAACUGGCGAUGCGCUACCCCCAUCUGAACGGCUCCACAGUAUCUUCUCCCCCCAGUCCCCUAUCGGAAACGGCGUUCCCGAGCUCCCACGGGUCAGUGGUAAAUCGAUGAUCGAUCAAGAUAUUGACGAAGACACCGGAGCGAUACUCAAGGAUCCGGUGGGCUAUGCCGAAAACGGGCAUUCGGCUUCUGCUUCCGCUCCUCGUCGCUCCACGAACCCUCAGAUGCUGCAUAACCAGUUUGGCAACUUGUCUUUGGCUACCAACCUCAACUCCCCCCCACUCCAGACUUACAGUUCAGGGGGAACCGCGCACAUUGGAGUUCCGAACCCAACCUCGGCCUUUCCCCAGCCGAUGAACAACAAUAUAGGGGCGGGCCAUGGGUUCCCAUACGGCAAUCCACAUGUACCUCGCCACAGUCUCCCUGCUGCUAACCCGAAUGAUAUGAAUCCCCCGUGCAAUACACUGUACGUCGGGAACCUUCCUCCGGACACUUCCGAAGAAGAGCUGAAGGCUUUGUUCUCCAAACAACGCGGGUACAAGCGUCUGUGUUUCCGAAACAAACAGAACGGUCCUAUGUGCUUUGUGGAGUUCGACGACGUGGGCACCGCCGGCAAGGCGCUCAACGAGCUGUAUGGCGUCAAGUUGUCCAACAGCGUCAAGACUGGUAUCCGCCUGAGUUUCUCAAAGAACCCCCUUGGAGUCCGUUCAGGGCAACCGGGUUCGAUGAGCGCGUCCAAUGCCAUGGCCCCUCAAGGUAGUGUACCGGGGGGCAGUAGUCUCGGUGGUAUGCACAACCAUAUGUUCUCAACGGUCAGUGGUCCGCCACCGGGCUUGUCCGCCCCUCCAGGCCUGCCCCCCCCUAUGGCGAUCAGAAAUAAUGUUACUGUUCAUUCGACUGGAAGUCCGAAUGCACCCUUGCCCAACAACGGUGCUUUCAAUGCCAAUUCGGGACUUGGAAUCCGCACUAAUCCGAUGAACCCGAUGGUAUCUCCGCCACCUCAGCUUACCGGGGGAACUUCGGGACCCAAUAUGGGGGCCUACAAUUCCUAUUACCCCGAUUAUAUGAUGGGCCGGUAGGAAGACGCACAUUUUGUGGAGAUUAUGUCCGA